AUGAGGAAGGUGGACGAUGUCACAACCUGGUAUUACGUUGUAUGCAAUAGGGAAGGCAAGAAGAAGUCAGACGAAGAUGACCAAUUGAAUGCACGGUUUGGUUUCUCUAUCAAGCGCAGACGGUUAUCCAAGCGUUGUGGUUGUAAAGCGAGUAUAUCAUUCAAGUUUUUAUCUAAAGCAGGAUUACCAGGUUAUAUUAUCCAGGAGUUCAACGAGGCUCAUAACCAUCACAUGGUGUUGAAGGAAAUUCUCGGUGGGUUUGACCUAGUUGGUUGCACUGUCGGGGAUAUCAGGGAUGCUUCUCGAGAUAUCAAAGCAUACGCACAUGGAUUUGAUGUGCAAAUGGUGUUGCAUGAUAUGGCUAAGAUUAAGGAAAUGUCUGAGGCGUUCAAAUAUCACUACGGAGUUAAUGCUUCUAACCAGUUUGUUGCUCUAUUUUGGUGUGACUGUCUGAUGAAGAGGAAUUACCACAUGUUUGGUGAUAUUGUGGCCUUUGACUCCACGUACAACACAAACAGGUACUAUAUGAUCUUCACUCCUUUCACUGUAAAGGAUAAUCAUGGAAGACAUGUAACCUUCGCGGCCGGAUUGGUGUGCAGCGAGAAAACAAGGGCAUUUGCUUGGUUGUUCAGACAUUUCGUCGAAUGCAUGGGUGUAGCACCCAAGAUGAUUGUUACAUAUCAAGAUUUGGGCUUGAGAUCAGCUAUUGAAGAGGUUCCAGUUGGCAAUCGCCACUGUUGGUGUAUGUGGCAUAUAAUGCAUAAGUUGGCCAACAAGGUUCCUAACAGGUUGCUGAGGGACGACGAGUUCAAGAAGGAAUUCAAUGCUUGCGUGUGGUCGGACCUGGUAGAACCUGACGAAUUUGAGGAGGAGUGGAAUAGAUUGGUGGAACAUCAUCGGCUGGAGGACGUUGACUGGUUCACCACAUUGUAUGAGUAUAGGCAAUUCUGGAUACCGGCAUACUUUAGGGAUUUUCCUCUGGGAUAG